GCGCGGGGCGGCUCCCGGACGUGAGGCGGUGGCGGCGAUGGAGCUGGGAGGUGGCGGGGCCGCGGCGGGCCCUGGCUCGGCGGCGCUGGGCCGGGGGGGCUUCGAGGUGCUGCAUCACACGGUGGGCUCUCUGCUGUCCGACUAUGGCUGGUACAUCCUCCUGGCCGCUGUCGCCAUCUAUCUCCUCAUCCAGAAGGUCUCCCAGAGCCUGGCGAGCAGGCCGAGCAGCCAGCCGGGAGCCGCUGACGCAGCUGUGGAACCUGACGCGGUGGUAAGAAGACAGGAAGCUCUGGCAGCAUCUCGCCUCAGGAUGCAGGAGGAGUUGAAUGCACAAGCAGAAAGAUACAAAGAAAAACAAAGACAGCUUGAAGAGGAGAAGCGAAGGCAGAAGAUAGCCAUGUGGGAAAGUAUGCAACAAGGCAAAAGCUACAAAGGAAACUUGAAACUCAAUCAGCAAGAAGUAGAAUCUGGUGCCUCCGCCUCAUCAGCAGUCCCAAAAUCUAAACCAAACAAAAAGCCCUUGCGAGGAGGUGGUUAUAACCCGCUGUCUGGAGAAGGGGGAGGCACUUGUUCCUGGAGACCAGGCCGGCGAGGCCCCUCAGCAGGGGGAUGAGGGUAACCUCCCUGGUGUCUCAUGGCACUAGCAGGCUUGAUCCUACCCACUGUCUGACUGCCUACAGUUUGCAUGUCACAGUGACUCCUUUGGGAUUGAGUUUAGAGCAGGUGUUAACCCGAAACCAGAUUUACAGCAUUGCCAACUAGUAACUCAGAAGCUGAUCCUACAGGACAAAAAUACCUGAUCCUCUUAAAGAGGAUGAAGAAUGAAACAAUUACAGCCUAAUCAGUUAAUUUUCACUCUUCUAUAGAGAGGAAGUGUUAGUCUACAGCCAAGGUGAAUCACCUGGGAUGGUGAGAUCUGGGCUGUGUGUCUGGAUAGUCAAAUGACUGCCUUCAGGCAAAUUUAAUUAUCUACGCUUGGUUUACCUCUGUAAAAUGAGGAUACUUACCAACCUCAAACAGGUGUUACCAGAUUUACUGUUUGGCUGGAAGGUAUUUAGUGGAGAAGGAUGUUAUUACCUUUGAAUUUUAGGUGAAUUUCAGAUGAACUGACAAAUGCCACAGAAAGCUAGUUGCUACAGAAGAGUCUCUGUGACAAGCUACCUUGAAUGAUGUUUUCCUUAUAAAUGGUAACAAACCAGUGAGGAUUACUGAUGCUAGACAGCAGAUGGGGGAGUUUCUUGCUAUUCCCUUUUUUUUUUCCCUUUUAUUUUUUCCUAUUUCAAAUGCUUUGUAAAAAACAAAAACUUAUUAAUAUUAAAUAUAAUUGCAAACAAAUGAUAAAUCUAGUAUUUAUAAUCUUGUGGUUUUCUACAGCAUGUUUUUUGAUAUAGAAGGUAUAUGUUCUAGUGUAAUAAAUGUAAAUGUGUAUAAACAA